UACGAGAGCUUGAAGUGUUCGGUUUGUUUCGCUUUUUUUGUCCACUGGAAUUUAUACAGUGAAAUCUGAUAAAUCCCUGCCAAUGGUUUCACCAGUGCUACGCUAAAUGAAUCAUCCAGCCAGCAACUCUCGUACCGAAGUGCACAGCAAACCACGGUUUUAGUGGCCCUCCCCAGCAAACGGGAGCAAGCUGGGAGAAUCCGAAACAGUACACAUCUUGGAGCAUUUUCUUGCAGUGCCACCACAAUAAUGGACGGUCAUAUCAACAUCGAUCAUAAUCAUCAGCCUGUGGCCGGGGCGAACGAUGCGGCAGAUGGGCGAGGUACGCGGAAGCGUUGGCAAAAGAUGCAACCGGACGCCAACAGUUCCCCACAUCCAUCUUAUGGGACAACCGACUCCAUCCCGCAAGUGACAAUACGCGAUAGCAGCAGCCGAGGGAGGGCUGGUCCAUCCAGGGGUGGCCCGCCGGGCAGUUCAAGGCAACAGCAGCAGGGGCAGCAACAGCAGCAACAGCAGGAAGCGGAACAGUUUAACGAUGAGGAAGGACUGAAAUACGGAGCGCAACAUGUGAUAAAACUGUUCGUUCCAGUAACCUUGUGCAUGAUGGUCGUAGUAGCCACAAUUAGCUCGAUCAACUUUUAUACCAUCAAAGAUGUGUAUUUAGUUUACACACCCUUUCACGAACUCACGGAUGAUACAGGGACGAAAAUUUGGAAUGCCCUUGCAAACUCCCUCAUCCUGAUGACGGUGAUCGUAAUCAUGACGAUACUGCUGAUCGUCCUGUACAAGCACCGCUGCUACAAGGUGAUCCACGGCUGGUUGAUCGUGUCGUCGUUGCUGUUGCUGUUUUUAUUCAGCGGCCUGUACCUGUUUGAAAUCCUGCGCGCGUACAACAUACCGAUGGACUGGUUUACGGCCGGGCUGCUGGUGUGGAACUUUGGCGUCGUUGGCAUGAUCUCGAUCCACUGGCAGGGCCCGUUACGGUUGCAGCAGGGCUAUCUCAUUUUUGUAGCCGCGCUGAUGGCGCUAGUUUUUAUCAAGUAUCUUCCAGAAUGGACUACAUGGGCAGUCCUAGCUGUGAUAUCGAUUUGGGAUUUAAUUGCAGUACUUACUCCUAAAGGACCGCUAAGGAUAUUGGUUGAAACGGCACAAGAGAGAAACGAACAGAUUUUUCCAGCCCUCAUCUAUUCAUCCACAAUUAUGUACUCAUAUCUUGGUACCCAUACGGACCCCGAACGAUCCGCUCCAUUGUCGGGUGAGCGGACCAUUGGCACGGGAAGUGGCAGUAGAAUGGCCGGAGGGUACGGAGCGGUCAACAAUCUCGGGCCGGCGCAACCAGGCGCAGCCGUAGAAGGUACGCCACUGGUUACCUUUCGCAAUGAUAGAACGCAUGAUUUACAAAUGGAUCAAUCGGCUGGUUUCACGCAAGACUGGGCUGCCACGGCCAACCAAAGAGUCACUCGGCGACAAAUCGAGGUGCAGGCAAACAUUGCGAGUAAUCCGUCCAGACCCGAGUACCGCACGGUGACAGCGGAAACGAAUCGUCCCGGGGGUGACCAGCAGCAGGGUGCUGCAUUGUACGAACAGGCAGAAGAAAGAGGAAUCAAAUUGGGGCUCGGUGAUUUUAUCUUCUACUCCGUGCUGGUCGGUAAAGCUUCAAGCUAUGGAGAUUGGAACACGACCAUUGCGUGUUUCGUUGCAAUUCUUGUGGGACUCUGUCUGACAUUGCUGCUGCUGGCCAUUUUCCGCAAAGCGCUGCCAGCCCUGCCGAUCUCGAUCUUUUUCGGCCUAAUCUUUUGCUUCGUCACCAGCGUGAUCGUGAAACCGUUUACGGAAGCGCUUGCGUUGGAGCAGGUGUUCAUUUAGUUAAUGUAACCAGGGAAUGCCGGACAGGAGCACAUUGGGUUACGCUGUUAGCCCGUUUUGGACACACCGUGUCAUGCAGCAUAUCUAGAAUGUUUAUUUAAUAUCAUCAUAUUUUAAUGUACGGCGGAAGACGCUAACUCACAAA